AUGUCGACUCCAACUACCAGUCGCUCUCCCGUAAAACCUCGCUCUCUUUCGGAUGGAUCUACACGAACUCCUUCCUCCGCAUCGCCAAACCCGUUAAAUGUCCAAAGGACCAAGGAUGACAGCGCAGUCACAGCUAAGGGUCCAGCAACUCCCCAGAGAUCCGAUUAUCCUCCACAUGGCUUGUCACUUCAGAUGCCUGCGAGAAUAUCUGGGAGCCCUAUAGCUGGAGGAAGCCGAGUUCCCCUCUCCCCGAAACUCGAUUCGUCACACAUUUAUGGCUCCCCAGCUUCUGUUUUACCUCGACGAUCGAGGGGACUGGAUUUUUCACGUGCAUGUACUAACCUCCACCACUCAACUCUAGCGGAAUCAUCUCCUGACUCCUCUCCAGUUGUUGUUGGUCGUGGGGUUGCGAUACCUCUUCGUCGGGGUACGGUCAAUUCAACUGGGAUGGGUUCCCCAAACAUGUCUGGUGGCCUCUGGCAACCGAUCACCCAUGGCGACAGACCCGCCAUAUCCAGCUCCGUGAGCAGCGUCAACAUGUUUGAGUCAGAUACUUCCACCAGUAGCGAAGACGAUGACGAUGAAUCCAUCCAUAUGGCUGAUAGGGAAGACCCCAUCCUGAUGACCCCGCAAGGUGCUCGUGCGGGAAAUGCAUUCUCGAACCCAUUUUCUCCCAGCACAGCUCAAAAUUCCAGUGCUGAUUGGAUUGGUGGGCUUUCUGCUGCUAAAGCCAGUCUCCUGAGCUUUCAACGCGCGAGAUUUCGCAGAAGCAGACAUAGUUCAUCCAGCACUAGUGGGAACAGUGCGAAACCCAGUCCCGGACCCAUCUCACCACCGGUCUUAAAGAGCAUCGAAAGUUCGGCCACUUGCUACUUCUCCAGGGAAAUGUCAAUGAGUGAAGUCAAAUCGCGACGGGAAAGUCUAAGCCUUGGCACCAGCGAUCUUCGCUUAUCAGACGUAAGCGAUGAUGAUAAUCGGCAAGGAGGAAUUAGUAGCCCAUCCAGCUCCUUAGCCGGUUGUUCCAACAUAGAUGGCGGACGACAUGGUGUAAUUCGGCGUCCGGUAACGAGAGGAGGGAAUUUACUGCCAAAACCGAAGAACUUUGACCGCAUCCGGGCAGCUUUGCUUGAGGAAGUUGCUCCCAUUGAUUUUGAGGCACAGCGUGAAGCUGAAGUUAUCCGCCAAGUUCGCGAAAGCGACAGUGACUUACCACCUCUAUCCCCAUCAUUAACAACCCCAGUGGUCUCUGAACAAAAGGAACUGUCCAUUGCGGCCAGCAAAGACGGUCUUCUUGCCAGCUCGGCCGCCGCAGGGCAAUCAUCGACUAGCUUCGACCGUCAACCAACACACACUUCCCGCGGGAUAGGCCUUCUGGAUACGUAUAGUGGCCGCUUCCAGACUCCACCAGCAGCAGCACAACAGCUUACCGCUACCGAAGACACGUUGAUGCGGACGCCACCAUCUGCAUUUCCCUCUUUCCCAGUUGACCAACAAAGUAAUAAUAUGCAGACCACCUCACAACCCGUUCUCGUCCCUUUACGUGUCGAAGCUGAGGUCUCCCGCCCAAACAACAAGCGCAGGCGCGAUGAGACGCUUAAUCUUACCAUGUUGAAGAGGCGUGCUGUUUCACCUGGUGUGAGUUUGCAGAAUGGUCCAGUUGCAUCUCAGUCAGGCUCUUUGCAGAGGGAACAGCAGCCAUCAAAGGCUGGAAACUCGGCUCCGUCUGCUGCUGCUCCUGGGAAGGCAGGGCGGGGAAAUGAGUCUGGGAUAAUGAAACGGAUUGGGAUGCAGGGGAUGAAUGAGACGAACGAUGGGUUGAUGAAUAUGAGCAUUGAUUGA